AUGCACAAGCUCCUCCCACGCGCCGCCUCCUUGCUCGACGCCGCCGCCUUGGCCCCCCUGCUGCUCUCCUCCCCACGCAUGCCCACGCUGCGCCUGGCUGGUAGCCCGUUCGUACCCACGUGCCCUGGCGCAAACCCUGGCCGCAUCCGCUCGCCGCCGUGGCUGCGCUGUGACGCUGGGAGGAGGCGGGGACUCUGCUCCGCCGAGGCGGCGAGGCGCGGGGGCGAUACGGAGGAGAGGGAGAAGGGUGGCGGGGGUCGCGCUGCGCCAGAGAGGAAGCAGAGAGGUCGGAGUGAUGCGCUGGUGGGAAGUGGGGAGCUGCUUGCCAUUCCCGGAGUCGGGCCACGGAACCUGAGGAAGCUCGUGGACAAGGGAUUCGAUGACGUGGCGCAGCUCAAGCAGUUCUACAGGGAUAAGUUCUUUGGCAAGUCUAAUGAGAAGAUGGUUGAGUUCUUGCAAAAUUCAGUUGGCAUCAUUCACAAGAACCAUGCUGAGAAAAUUGUACCUGAACCUAUUGCUAAGUGGCAGGAUGUUGGCCCUGAACACUUCAAUAUACUUGAUGCUUUUUAUACGGAGCCACAGAGGUAUGCAUACACCUUCCAGAAUUAUGUAUUUGUGACAAGAGUCAUGCAAGAGAAGGAAUCUGCGUGUGGAAUAAAACCUCUUCGGCUGAUGGAAAGAAGCGUUUUCAGUGAUCGAGUGGUUUUUGUUCGUGGUGUGCAUGAAGCAAACUGGAUGACUGAGAUGGAGAUCAGCAUUUAUGACUCUUGGUUUGACCCAGUUGUGUCAUCACUCCCAGGUCUUAUCCCUGAUGGUUUUAUUUAUCUAAGAGCUAACCCUGAUACUUGCCACAAAAGAAUGCUGGUGCGAAAAAGAUCAGAGGAGGGUGGUGUUACUCUUGAUUACCUUCGAGGUUUGCAUGAGAAACACGAGAGCUGGUUACUUCCAUCCAAGGGAGGAGGUUCUGGCGUGUUGUCCGUCAGUCAGCUUCCAGUUCAUAUGGCGGGCUCCCUGCCUGCGGAUAUACGAGAUAGGGUAUUCUACUUGGAAGGAGAUCACAUGCAUUCAAGUAUCCAGAAGGUUCCUGCUCUUAUCCUGGACUGCGAACAUGACAUUGAUUUUAACAAGGACAUUGAAGCCAAACGACAAUAUGCUCGGCAAGUUGCGGAGUUCUUUGAAUUUGUGAAGAAAAAGAAGGAAUCUCCUACAGCAGAGACGACUGAUGGCGAUAACAAGAGUAUCAACAAACAGAUUGUGCUGCCGCACAGAGGUGGUUUGUGGGUGCCCGGAAGCAGCCCAUUACCAGAAUCAGCUCUAAAGUCGUUUGAUUUCAGGAGAACAAUGUCUUCCUUCCUCUCAACAUAA